AUGCAGACCGGCGAGAUUGUCUAUCUUCGGUAUCAUGGAGACCCCGGCGUGAUCCACACGCGCUUAUUGGUGGGGCAAGUGCAGGGGGAUGAAUGGGUGAUCGUGACGCCCGACCAUGAUGUGUAUGUGGAAGAGCUCGCCCGGCACAACCCUGACAUUCAGUACAUGUGGCACUCACCCGAUGGCAGGCUCGCCCGAGGGGUGCCCCGCAACCAGGUCUAUGGAUUUGCGCCCAUGACUGCGGCCCAGUAUGCUGCCGUGAUGCGUGCUGGGAGGGCAGAGUUUGAUGCCGAGAUCGCAAGGCGCGGACUUGGAGCAGUGGCUGCGGUCGGAGCUGCGCCGAUGGGUGGUGGAGGUGGCGCUGUGGAGGCCGCUCCAGUCGCUGCGGCGGCGGCAGUGGCUCAGCCUGUGGCCGCCGUUCCGGCCCAGCCGGGCAACGCUGCCAUUGGAAACGCAGGGCCAGGUGCUAGAGAUCUCACAGGGCGAGGCUUGGUUUGGGUUGCGGCCGAAGGGACCUCAACAACAGUGUUUGGUGAGGUCGUGGCCGGUGUAGUGGCGCCAGCGGUGGAAGGUGCCAAGACAGUCCAUCGGAUGGCUGACGGCAGUGACCUCUUCUGUCUAUGCAUUAGUGAGACUAGCCGCCAGACGUUCAAUGGGCGACCGGCUGCUUGCGAUGGGCGCAUCCUGGCCCGAGGCUUCAACACUGUGGGGCAGCCUGAGAGGCCUCUGUCAGAGGUGGUGGCUGCCUCGAGAGAAGUCGAGAUGGGUUGGAAGAUAGCCGGCCCGCGGACAGCCUUAUGGUGCUUGAACUAUCUGAUGACGGAGGGCCUUGGCUUCGAGGCCCACCAUGAACGGUUCAGGCAGCUUUGCCGCAUCGACGCAGGCGGCUGGGGUGUCCAGGAGCACUUUCAGACCAGUAUGUUCCUUCGGCAGCUGAUUCAGGUCGACCAAGUGGAUGCUUGCAACUGCUACGGCGUGGAGCUCAUGUUCAGACGGGUACAGACAAUCGAGUACGCUCAUUCAGAAAGGGCCCGGGAGAUCGAGUCGAAGACGGUCGGUGGCAAGCUCAGUUUGGAGGAGCAGUACACCUUCGGCUCCUUGGUCCGUCAAGCCGGGACCUUGAUGAUCGCACCAUCCUUGCUGGAGCACGUCAAGCAGGAGGUUGAGCGCGACGCGCAGCUCUCAAAGAAUCUCAGAAAAGCCCGCGAGGAGCGGGACUUGGCGAAGAAGAAGGUCUCAUGUGAUGGCGGCUUUGGCGGGUCAAGGCGUGUCAAGCGCCGCUUGGAACGGAGAUGGCACCAGGACACCAUGGUUGCUGAGUGCGUUCGCGGGCUCAAUGCUCUGUAUAGUGGAGACAAGUUUGGCAAGGCGAACUCGCAGUGCCAGACACCUUCGCGGGCACAGCUGGCUGCCUUGGAACACAUUCGAAAUUCAGUGCACCUUUUGGGGGCUCCCGAACAGGAGCUCAGUGGUCGAGAGGCGCUUUGGCAGCUUCAGGCCUUCGACGGGUACGGGGAGGACCAAGCCCCGCCACUCGUGCCGCCUGUGCCUCUUCACACGCUACUCGGAGGCGAUGGGAUGAAAAUUGUUGAGGACUUCAUCUCAACUCGGCUUUUGCAGAAGAAUGAGGCCCUGCGCAAUUUGCGGAGGACUGGUGUGGUGAAGUGUUAUUCGGACCCGCGACUUUUGGAGGCCCGUGUGUACAAGAGCUUUGUGCGGCGCCUUUGGGACGGUGGCCUCGUCGAGUUCACGUCCGAGGAGCCCACCGAGAAGGUUGAAGUCUUCUUUGUGCGGAAGAAGGACGGACGGCUUCGGAUGGUGGUUGAUUGCAGGAGGUCGAACGAAUGGUUUGCCCCCCCGGACAAAGUCAAUUUGGCGACGGCUGAGGUCCUUAGCCGCAUUGAUUUGGGUGGCACCGACUGUGACCUCUACAUCUCCACUGCCGAUUUGAAGGACGCCUUUUACCACUUUGAGCUCCCCCUGCAGCUACGACCGUACUUCGGUAUGCGGCCCUUGUCAGCUGGCGACCUCGGCAUCACCUCGCUGGGCGGUAAAGCUAUUAGAGCAUCUUCUCUAGUUUUCCCGCGCCUGAAGGUGCUGCCGAUGGGCUGGACACACGCCUUAUGGUGGUGCCAAAACAUCCACCAGCGGAUCGUGUCAGGUGUUGGAGCCACAGCUGACAAGUGCCUCGAGGACCGUGCUUCGGUACCGUCCCCGGAGUGCAUGCAUUUAGAGUACGUCGACAAUUUCGUGUGCAUUGGCACUGCCAAAGAAGAAGUCGAGGCACUUGCGGCUGCAGGGGUACAGGCUUUGAGGGACAAGGGCUUGGUGGUACACGAGGUUGCGAGCGGCGAGGGGAACAUCAAGGUUUUGGGUUGGUGUUUUCAAGGCAAGAAGCUCCGGCCUUUGUCCCACCGGGUGUGGCGCCUCAUAGCCGCUAUUCGUUUUUUGCUGGACCGUGGCACAUGCAGUGGCAAACAGCUCGAAAAGGUGCUCGGGCAUGCAACUUUCAUUGCCCUAGGCCGCCGUGAAGCCUUAGCUGUAUUUGGUGAGUCGUACUCUUUUGUUCGUACUCACUAUGAGCAGAACCACCGUAUAUGGCCUAGCGUGAGGAGAGAGCUUAUGAUCUGGACCUCAAUCGCGCCCUUGCUUUGGAGAGAUUUGGGGAUCCCUUGGGCCUCAGAGGUCGCUGCGGUCGAUGCCUCCACGUGGGGCUUGGGCGCCGUUGUGGCCGACUUUGACGAAGCAGAGGUUCGCCAACUAGGGAAGUACUCGGAGCGAUGGAGGUUUGAGAUCCCGGAGUUUCGCUGUCCUCGUGCAAGUGCGUUCGGUACUGCCUUUGCUGAUGAUUCUGACGAGGCUCGCAGCCUUCAGUGGGCCCACUCCGGGGACAACAAUGCCAAGGCGCGGCCCGUGCCCCUUUCGGUCGUAGAGGGCAAGCUGCUUUCUGAUAGGUUUGUGCCGGUCGCAUCCAGCCAAGUCGAUCGUAAGUGGCGUGUGGUGGGACGGCACAAAUGGAAGCGACAGGAGGGCAUGCCAGUGUUAGAAGGAAGGGCCUCGUUGUUUGCUGUGAAGCGCUUGCUGCGCAAAGAGACUUCCUUUCACAUGCGGCAUCUCAUCCUGUCGGAUUCUACCGCUGCCAUCUGCGCUCUAGACCGUGGCAGGGGGCGCUCUUUCGGAAUGCGCCGUGUGACUCAACAGCUGGCGAGCCUGUGCCUGUGCUCGGGCAUCAGUGUCCAGUUCAGGUUCAUCCCCUCAGAGUGGAAUCCUGCCGACGCGGUCUCCAGAGGCUCCCUCUUCCCGUUCAUCCAGCUCCCCAAAGCUGCAGCCAAGACCGCACUGCGGCCGCCGGCCAGCCGUGUGAACCGGCCCGCGGGCCAAAGCCUGCAGCAGGUCAAGAAGACUCGCGCGAAGGCCAGGGUCAAAAUCAGGCAGCAAUUCGGGACGUUGGCGGAGGCAUCAGUGAGCCGUGGAUGCAGAGAGCGGUACAGCAAGCUGUGGAGGAGGAUGUGCACAGCGGCGGGGUUAACCAUGACCGAGAAGUACACCGCGAGCGACCUCGACCUCCCGGCGAGCCAAGUUUUGGAGGACUUGUUCGACGAGGGGGAGGAUUUGAGCCAGGGCCAGUACCUCAUUGCGGCGAUCCAGUUCUACCAGCCCCAUCUCCGUGGUGGCCGAGGCGGGUUGGACCUGGCAAAGCAAACUCUCGCAGGGUGGCGACGACUGGACCCGCCAAAGUCGAGGCUGCCGUUACCCUGGGAAGUCGUGUGCUUGAUGGCUAUGGAAGCCAUCACUCGCAACAUGAUCGAGGUGGCCCUUUAUAUAUUACUCGCCUUUGUGACCUACCUGAGACCGGGCGAGGUAGCCAAACUGCUGGUGGGUGGCUUGGUGCCCCCCGUUGGGGUGGUCAAAGCAUGGUCGCUGAUCCUUCACCCGCUGGAGCUCGAAACGCCUUCGAAGACGGGGGAGUUCGACGAGACAGUGUUGUUCGACCUUCCUCAGAUUGUGUGGAUCGCCGAGCAGACCUUCCGUCUGCUCAAGGCCGGCCACCGAUGCGCCUCGGAGCCGCUGUUCUCGGUGAGCCUAGAGACAGUGAGAAGCUUCAUGCGCGAUGUCGGAAGCCGGUUCGGCAUGGAAGUUGCAGUGGGCGAUCCGCAUCCUUAUCGUCUUCGUCAUGGCGGAAAUCCAAAAACGGGGGAGGUGGCGCAGUUUCAGCAGUGUGCGAAGGUACGAGAAAGGUGGUCGCGUCACACAGCAGAUGCAAGCCCUCUCCAAGGCGACGCGGCAAAAGGCGCUGGAGGCAAGCCAAAACAUCCAGUCCGUGGUGUGUGGCCUGCCCUGAAUGUCCCCCUUGGGCCGGCAGUGCGGGUGUACAUCGAGAUCUUCUCUGGCCGUGGCGAACUUGGAAAAGCUCUGGCGCAACAAUGUGGAGGUGUCGUCAUGUUGUGGGAUCUCCGGCUCGGCAGCCAGUAUGAUCUUCGUCAUCCGGCACGCCGCGCGAUGAUCUGUGGGUGGAUAAGAGCCGGGCGGAUUUCCGGUGUUCAUUUGGGCACCCCGUGCGAAAGCUUCACCCGGGCUCGUGAUGCCCCGCCUGGUCCUUGCCCGCUCCGAAGCAAUUUGCAGCCAUUGGGACUCCGUGGUCUUUGCCCUGCCGAUCAAGUCAAAGUUGAGCUGGGCAAUUUGUGGAUGCGCUUCUCUGUCAAAGUUGUGCUCUUGUGCUGGAAGUUGCGGCUUAGCGCGACUCUGGAAAAUCCCCUUACCUCCCGUUUCUGGAGGUGCCCCCCUGUGCAGCAAUUGCUACGCCGGCCACAUGUGGGCCGCUGGACAACCCAUUACUGUGCAUGGGGAAAGCCCUUCAAAAAACCCACCGCUUUUCUGGGGGUCCACAUCGACCUGUCUGUCCUCGAACUACACAAGUGCCGUGGCAAGCGCAUAUGUGACUUCACUUUGCGACCGCAUGUGCCGCUGCAGGGGCGCACAGCAGCAGGACAAUGGCGCACCAAGUGGGCUGAGCCCUAUCCCACCCGCAUGUGUGCUGCGAUUGCCAAAGCAUUUUACAAUGCUGAAGUGGCAGUCCUAGCGCGGAAGUUUGAGCAAUGCUAUGCUCGGUCGUGA